UGAAAACCUGUGACCUCAGAAGCAGGGAGUGAAAGCUAGGUGGUUCGACCACAGUAUUGAGCUCUAAAAUAUCGUCGCCACAAACGCAAAAUACGAGGUUUAUCUACUUGAAAUAGGACAAUUUUUUCGCGAUGGUGCGGGGUGUGUGGGCGGUGCUACGGAUGGUGUCCUGCGAAGGAGCCGCUGUGCAGAAAUCAAACGUAUCUGGCGUUUACAGAGUUGUUGCACCGCGGCACAGAUCUAUCUUCAAACCUUUCACUAUCUGCUUCAGAGCUAUAGCAAGUGAGGUGAGACACCCACAGUCCACGAUCAGAAUGCCCGAGAUCACCACGGAUCACCUGGACGAGAAGCAGGUGCAGCUGCUGUCCGAGAUGUGCAUCCUCAUUGACGAGAACGACUGCAAGGUGGGAGCCGACACCAAGAAAAACUGCCACCUUAACGCAAACAUUGACAAAGGUUUAUUACACAGAGCUUUUAGCGUGUUCAUUUUCAAUAGUGAAGAGAAGCUGCUCUUACAACAGAGGUCUGACGCCAAAAUCACUUUCCCAGGCUGUUACACAAACACAUGCUGCAGUCAUCCUUUACACAUGGAGAGUGAGCUGGAGGAGAAGGAAGCAAUAGGAGUGAGGAAAGCUGCUCAGAGGAGACUCAAAGCUGAACUGGGUAUCCCCAUGGAACAGGUGACACCAGAUGAAAUGGCGUACCUGACAAGGAUCCACUACAAGGCCCAGUCCGACGGUGUGUGGGGAGAACAUGAGAUUGAUUACAUCCUCUUCAUGCAGAAGGACGUGGACUUAAGUCCAGACCCCAAUGAGAUUAAAAGCCACUGCUAUGUGAGCAAGGAGGAGCUUCAGGAGAUGUUAGAGAAGGCCAAGCGCAAAGAACUGGAUAUCACACCCUGGUUCAGCCUCAUCGCAGAGACCUUCCUCUUCAAGUGGUGGGACAACCUGCACAACCUCAAGCAGUUCAUGGAUCACAAGAACAUCCACCGCAUGUGACCAAAACCAGGACCUGGUUCUACCUCCAGUCAUUUCACACCCCUGAAAAAUAAGUAUCACUGGCUACUUUUGCCACGGUAGUAGUAAGUGUAAGACUUUCACACAAAAAGCAUAGAAUGUUUGUCUUGCUAGACACCAGAAGUGAUGUGGUUCAUAGUGGGUUUGUAGCGCUGAGGUGCAUUCAUCUACGCAUGAGUUGAUGCAAGUAGAGUGACUCUUAAGUAUUUAGAAAACAUAAACAUCAGCUAAUCUAUUCCGAUAAGCUGCACACUGGAUUUAGACAGAAAAUACACAUUAAACAUCUUACUUUAUUAGGAUGAAAAAUGCAAUCUUAUUAUUGACGACUCCAUGUAGAGAAUAGCCUAUUUUUUUAUACAAGAACUUAAAAGUGCCUGAGUACGCGGGUCAUUAGGUUGAGAUGCAUAGUCUUAAAGUACUGAUGUCUCAACAACCACCUUCACUUCUGAAUAUUGUCAACAUCAGCGAACAAGCUUUGCACUCUUUUACACAAUAAAGUGUUUGAUUGUGGUCAUUGGCUGUGUUUUGUAUUGGAGGGCUGGACGAUUGUGGCAAAAGAACACCUUGGUAUCAAUGUGACAAUAUUUGCUUCUAUAAAUAUUUACACGGAAGAAAAGUAUUCUGAGUAAGGUGGAUAUAAUGGUGAAAUGGUACAAAUGCAUUAAGGUCAUGUUGACAUUAGUUUCAUCAUUGUAUCAAUACAUCACCUCAUUCAGUAUUGAUUUGGUGACAUUUAACUCUCCAGCAGGGGGCAGCAAAAUCCUGAACUUACCCUGCCAAAUACAAAAAGCUCACUGCACACAUCUGUUCACUAAAGUAACUUCCACAAUCUCAAUCUACCUGAAGUUGUACCCAUAAGGCCACUGCAGUGUUACAGAAUUUCAGUAAACUUUUGGUAAUUACAGGUGAGUAGACACUGACAUGAUGCAUACAAAGGGAUGUAAAAUUGCAAAAAGGUGUUAAAUAAAUUUCAAGUUCAACUUGUUUUGAAUAAGAGGUGCUUUAUUACCAGACUUGGUACACUUUCUGUAUGUUAACACUAAGGCACAUUACCCAUUUGUAUUAGAGCACUAAAGCUGAUAGACACAUGUUUAUAGCUUUCAUUGUACAACCAAAUAAAAACAAUUAAAUCGCAACAGAAAAACACUACAUGCAUGGAUUUCAAUAAGAAAUACAGUAUCUAGUUUCUACAUAGAUAGCAUGUUUAAUACUGAUAAUUGAAGAAACUUAGACUAAAUCAAGUCAAUGGCCAUAUUGUUGGAAAACAAAUUCCUGAGUUUAGGACUUGUUGGUCCUUGUCCAGGGAACUGCCCGGUGUCUUUGCUAAAUCUAAAGGUGGACGGCAAAGCUCCCAAAAAGGUAAAUGGCAUAAUGGUAGACCACAGUAAACGUACACCAAUAUGAGACUGGCACACGACAACCAAAUCUACAAUGAGUCUAUUUUUCUAAUUAUCACAAUAUUUCCGAUUCAUACUUUAAGGUAUAAAUAGCUCUGGGUUUACACAGGUUUAUAACCUACACAGAGUUUGGCAUUUCUUUGAGUAAAACGUCACUAUAGGUAAGUGCAUAAGGAAGCAUGUGCGUCAAAAACAUUAAUGAAAAUAUAUUCUAUGCCAAAAAAGCUACUAUAUGACACAAUAUGUACAUGUUUAUGCUACUAGUAGUGCUGCAGGUAUUUUGCGGAGGACAUAAACAACAUAUAUGAUAACUAUGUGUCUAACCCAUGUAAUAUACUUCACUGUCACACCCGUUUCCCAUGCAUCUGAUGCCAUGGUUAAAAGCCUUUUACUUAACCGUUAUAACCUGAUGCUGGAGCCAACAAACAGGCACAAAAAUAAACUGCACACUCAUGAUGCGUAAACAAAUCUGUAGCAGGCUAGUUUACACCAAGUGUAAUGUUAAUGUUAUGUUUUUCAGACUAUAUCUGGUUUCAGUGAGUAAUAAAAACUUAAUGCUUA